UAUUCCCACUCAACCUCAUUCCUCCACUGAAACCACCUCCUGUGCUCAUGGGACGCACAGUUCUCUGGAUCAGCGCUGAGGAGAAACACGCAGAGUUGUGACAAGUGUUGGAAGUUUUUGUUAAUGUUGAAUUUUCAUCGGACACAUAAUGAGAGGCUGAAGAAGUAACCUACUUCACUAAGAACAUAAUAAUUAAAAGCACAAUGGAUCAGGAGGACACAAUGGACUUUAAGGCCCUGAGGGCCAAGUUCCAGGACCAGGAACACCUCCUGAAACAACCCAGGAUCAAACCUGCUCUCACAGAGAAACCAAAGGUUGUCCCUCCUCCCCACAGCCCCCCUCACACCCUCCCUGCAGGAGCACACCCCUCCCUAAUCACCUAUAUUAACCAGAGCCUGGAAGGGAAGACAGUGAUGGCCCCCAGAGUGGUCUUCAAGGAUGAGAAGAAGAUGAGCAAAAGGCCUCUCAUCCAGGCCGACUCUAAGGGAAAAGACAAGAGUGAAGGGAAGCUGAAAAAAGGUAAAGACAAGACAAAAGGAAGCAAAGAGAAGCUUGUUGAGGAUUCAGCAGAUGAGAAGCAGAAGAAAGACAAAAGUAAAGACAAGAAGGAGAGCACUGCAGAGCUGGUGCAAGCCACGCCUCCACCUAAAUCCACCACAGCAAAGAAGAAGGGCCUCCUGGGUUUCAAGAUGUCAUCAAAAAGAGAUUCAUUCGAGGUCACGGCGGAUCCCAUCCUAGACGCCUCCAACUCAGACAUUACUGGACCAGCUCCACUUAUCCCAGUACCUUCUGACAUUAGUGAUGCGCCACCAGAGCCUGAAAUCUCUGCACUAAAAGCCCUCCUAUCAGACAUCCCCACCUUGCCUGACUCCAGUGCUGCAGAGGAAAUUCCCGCGCCCUUCACUAUCCCUGCCCCUCCUGACUUCACUCCACCUCCUGCCUUUAUUCCUGAUACCCCUAAAGUCCCAACAGAGAGUGUAACACCACCUGAGAUAGAAACUCCUGCCCUGCCCAUUUCCAGGCCUGCCAGCCAAAAUGAGAUCAUCCCAAUCCCACCCAGCGCUGUCCCAACUCCUCCGCCCAGUCGUGCCAUCUCAGUUCCCCCUCCAGUGGCCUCCGCUCCCUCUCCAUCACCUCCUUAUCCUGAGAUUGCAGCUGAGGCUGGUAUAGAGGCUGUACACAUAGCUGCAGUGGAGACGCCCCCUCCUCCAGUCAUAGACCUUCCAUCCAUUUCAUCAUCUCUCAAAGCUGAGCAUCCUGUCUCAGCCCUCUCAGCCCUGGAGAGGGCGGGGGACAAGAAAAGGAUUUCGAUUGACCAGAGAAUCUUCAAUGCUCUGGAGAAGGCACGUAAGAAGGCCACCAGCCUGCAGGCAAAACCCACCACAUCCUACUCCACCACUCCACCUCUAGAAGAGAUUGCCCCACCUCAGAGUCCUACCUGCUCUCUCCCAGAGCUGCCGCCUAUUGAUUAUGAGGACCGGGCAGGGAAAACCCUCUCACCGAAACCAGCACAAGUUAACAGCUUUGGCCACCGGCAAGCCUCUCCAGUGUUGGAGGGUAUCGCUGAGGAGCGACCUAUCCCAGAGCUCCUGGUGGUUCCACCUCCUCCACCCAGGAAGGUCCUCCCUGACCUUGAGUCUGUGGGUCCUGCAUCUGUCAACAUGAGUGAAUUCACCCCUCCUCCUUCUGAGCAAUGUUAUGCUACACAGAUCCCUGUUCCUCCUGAAUUCUCCAAGACUGACACAACAGAGUUUGACGAUGUGGCUUCAGAUGCUUAUUCUCCAGAGCUGCAGGCGUCAGAGUGGGGGAAUGAGGAGAACACGAGUCCAGAUGCAAAGAACCUGCCAGAGUUUUACAGUAACGGGAUAACUACUCCAGCUGAGGUCGAUGCAGCACCAGCAUUUGGAGACCAAGACAAUCCACUACUUGAAUCCUCCAUUCCUACCGCUCAGGAAUCUCCACCACCAGCAGGCCUCCGAGAUGACGUCAACAACGGUGUUUACAAGAGUACAGAAAAUGUCUACGAGGACAUGCCCACGUCUGCCACCAAAAAGAAAGAGAAAACUGAAAGUGGCAAGAAACGCAAAGGACCACCAAAGAAUCCAUAUGCUGAGGCAGCACAGGAAAAAAAUGAAGAGAAAACCAAGACGGGCAGAUUUGGAAAGAGCGACAAAAAAGCUGCUGCAGACAGGCCGGAUGAGAAGGAGCUGAAAAAGAAAGAGAAGCAGCGCCUGGAAAAGGAGAAGAGGGAGCUAAAGGAGAAACAAGAAAGGGAAAAGAAAGAGCAGAAAGAAAGGGAAAAGAAGGAAAACGAGAUGAAGAAGAAAUUCAAAAUCACAGGACAGGAGAAUGCCAUGUACCGGGCAAAAGUAACCGUAACGACCAAGGGACGUAAGAAUGAUCUGCCCGUCAAGAGCGGUGACAACAUCAGCAUCAUCCGAACAACCAACUGUCCCAAAGGCAAAUGGCUGGCCAGGGACAGCAGCAACAACUAUGGGUAUGUUGCAGUGGACCACGUGGAGCUGGACAUCAAGGAGAUGUUGGAGCUGGGGAAGAAGGCUACAAACAACCGCAACAGCAAUGUUUUCGAGGCAGAGGCUAUCAGCACGAGGAUCAGGGACUCGGAGCACUAUCCACCGUCAGAAGAAAGUUUCACAGAUGAUAGUGAGGAGUGGACCGUAGACGACGACGAACCUCUCUCCCCCCUCCCUGACACUGCAAAUCCACUGGCUCCAAUGGGUCACACCAGGACAUUCUCAAUGCCAGACAUGGGAAAUAAAGAUCUUAGUAUAAACCAUCAGCACAGUCGCAGUGAUAUCUACACAGAUGGCUCCUACGUGCAAACAAAAAAUGAAGCACUUCAGAAGUUGUCCACAUUUUUCCAUUCACCCAAACCUGUGGAGCCAGCAGCCAGCACUGAACCAGAGACAAGUCCUGUGCUUGUGAAUGAAGAAUCAGUUCACCCGCCUGAAGCGAGCUCAACACAGGAAGUAGCUUUUGAUCAAACAGAUAUGAUCAUUUUACCUCCUCCUGACCUGUAUGCUGACCUGACCAUGGAGUAAUUAUCAUAAAACAAGCAGAACAGGAUUUGCCCUCUGUUAUUUUUCAAGCUGUGACCUGUGCCAGUCACCUAAUACUGUGACGGCAACUUCAUGUUCUGCAUUGUGACCUUAUUUACGUGGCGACUGUGUGUGUGGAUCAGUAUGAUGAUUUACAAGAGGAGCAAGAUAAGUGGAUUUUCUCCACAAGCGAUACACCAUCUCAGCAACCAGAACUUUUUUUGUGAAGCACUCUGUUAAACCAGUGAGGGACAGUUUGCCUGGUGGCUCUGAGUGACUUUGAACCUUGGACCAAGGACUGCUGAUCCCAGGAAAGGACUUGCAAACUGUUUCAGACACACAGACGCUUUCUGGGUACUGUGACCUUGGAGGUUCUUACAAGGAAAAUUACAUAAUUUCCAUGCAAAUACCAGAAAUAUAGAUUUUUCUCACACCAGGUAUUUUUCCAGUUGAGACACCACCUUGAGGAUCUUGGUCUACAUGCAGCAGUUUCAAGGGUUGGAUGAAAUGAAUGUCCUACACACUUGUUACCAGUUUACAGUGUUGGUAGCAAAUGAAUAAAUAGCAAUAUAUCUAAUAAACUUCAAAUGAACAAAGAUUUAAUCAAUUUUUAGGUUUGGUCAUCAGCAAUAAUUAAAAAGUCUCUGUGUGGCCACCUGAACCCCACAAGGGAUAUAUUUUCAUUCAUUUCAUGCUCUGUCCUCUUCUACAUGUGCAUCUAUAGGACUGAUUAACAUUGUUUUCAUGGCCAACUCUAAACAUUUACUUGAUAUUGGUCAGUUUUUUGUAUUAUUGUGCCUUUUUUGUACAUGAGCAUUUUUUUCUACUUUUAUUUACCCUGAUUAUUUUGUUAAAAAUAAUUACAGAUUAUGGAAGUGCUUAUGUAACUACUCAUGUCAUAGUAUUUAUAUGCUGAAAGUUUUAAACACAUAUAAUAUAAAAAAGGUUUCUGCUAGUA